AUCCUAUUGAUGAAUAAGAGAACAAGAGAUAUCAAGAAAAUGGAUACAAAUGAAUCAAAACAUGAUAGAAAAAGUGAGUUAAAAGCCUUUGAUGACACAAAAUCUGGUGUCAAAGGACUUGUUGAUGCAGGAGUAAGUAAAGUCCCUCAGAUAUUCAUUUCACCUCAAGAUACAUACUCAAAUUCCACCACAGGACAGUUCAUAUUUCCAGUCAUAGACCUCCAAGACAAUAGUCAUGAUCAAAUCAAUCGAAAAGAAGCCAUUGAGAAAGUCCGCGAUGCAUCAGAGACAUGGGGUUUCUUCCAAGUGAUCAAUCAUGGCGUUCCAUGUGAUGUCUUGGAAGAAAUUAUACGAGGUGUUUGUAGUUUUCAUGAACAAGAUAAUGAUAUCAAGAAACAAUGGUAUACGCGAGAGUUUACUAAAAGAGUUGUUUACAAUAGUAAUUUUGAUUUGUAUAGUGCACCAGCAACUAAUUGGAGGGAUACUUUUUUCUGCAUUAUGGCUCCUAAUCCUCCUAGUCCUGAAGAAUUGCCUCCAAUCUGUAGGGAUAUCAUUGUUAAAUACUCUGAGGAAGUGAAGAAACUCGGGCGUUCUUUGUUUGAACUAUUAGCAGAAGCACUUGGGCUCAAUAGAAACUAUCUCAAUGACAUGGAUUGUGAUAAAGGACUUUCAGUUGCAUGUCACUAUUAUCCAGCUUGUCCAGAACCAGAACUUACAUUAGGUGCUAGUAAACAUGCUGAUGACGGAUUCUUGACUUUGCUUCUUCAAGACCAUAUAGGGGGAUUGCAAGUUCUUCAUCGAAAUCAUUGGGUUGAUGUCCCUCCUACCCCUGGUGCUCUUGUUGUAAAUAUUGCAGAUCUUCUGCAGUUAAUAACAAAUGACAAGUUUAAAAGCGUUGAACAUCGCGUUCUAGCAAAUCGUGUUGGUCCAAGGAUAUCUAUAGCAUGCUUCUUCUCCACAUUUUUCCUAGCAUCGUCAAGACUUUAUGGUCCUAUUAAGGAGUUGUUAUCAGAAGAAAAUCCAUCAAAAUACAGAGAAACAACAAUUCAGGAAUAUUCUGCCUAUUUUACUGCAAAGGGACUUGAUGGAACUUCUGCUCUACAACAUUUUAGACUUUAAACUGUUGUAAUGAACUAUCUUUCCAUUUGACUCUUCAUGCUGAUUAUUCAAUGCAUAAUCACUAUUUAUGCAUUGUAAUCUUCAAGUUAUAAGAAUCUCAUAGUUACUUUCUUGGUUA